AUGUGUUGCCUGAAUGGCUUCUUUAAGUGCAGACCUGGAUUCAGGGGCUAUAAUUGCAGUUUGAUUUGUCCUGAAAACUAUUAUGGUCGUCGAUGUCAGAGGAAAUGCCAGUGUCACAACUCUGAGUACUGUCACCACGUAUGUGGAUGUGUGUCAAAUCUGUUGGAAAGUUUUGGUAACGCAACGAUGGUCCAUAAUGUCACCGAAAAUGAAAUUGAUACGAGUGUCACUAACCAGACCCUUUUCACAGAACAAUGUUUAUCUUCAGCAGAAAAAACCACCAAAAUAGUGGUCACCACCGCUGGAAACGAUAUUGAAGAUUCCACCACUAAGUACGAUGAAGAGUAUGAAAUCCUGAGAACUGUAUUCCUUGUGGUGCUGCCUUUUGUGAUAUUUGUCUGCUUACUACUCUGUUUUGGAAUAAUUUACAGAAAAUGUAAUUCCAAAAAGAAACAAGAAAUGAAAGGAUUGACAAUCAUGGUGAUAGAUGGACUUUAAAGUACAUAAAACAAAGGAAUCAAAGAAAUCAACCAUGGCAUGGGAUAAGUAUUUUAGAUCAGUAACUGAAAAAUGCCAUUGUGUCAUAAUUUCUGUGUUGAAUUAAUCUGAAUUAAGAAUAAAAAUCACAAUUUAAACAUUGUACUCAUAUAAGCGUAAUGACAUA